AUGCAUACCACAGCAGCCACGACCCUCUUCCUAGCCGUCGCCGUCUCCCUCGCCCACACCGAGGAGCUCAAGGCCAGCGACGUCCCCAACGCAUGCCAGGUCAUAUGUGGGCCUAUGGUCACCCCGACCAGUACGUGCGACGUCGACCCGGACACCGAGACAAGGCGCCGCCGCGAACGGCUCCGGCAUCGGGCCGCCGACGAUGAUGACAACAGCGCCAACGACGAGUCGGACGAAGUCGUCGAGGCGCGGUGCAUCUGCAACAAUACGAGCUUCAACGUGCGCAGCGUUGCGGCCUUGUGUGCGGCGUGCAUCUCGCAGAACGGCAAGACGACAGACGCCACCGAGACCGAGACCGAGAAGCGCCGCCAACGCUCUGACGAUGCUGCGGUUAAGCCUGUAAUUAUAGGCAUAUACAUUAGUAUUGCUUAUGCAAAAUGUAGCAGCGAUGCGGUGUCGGCCAGCCAAAGACGGGGGUGUGUGGUUGCCGAGGUGGACGUUGCGGAUUGGGCCGGGCCGCCACACCGCCGCGUGCUGGUCUAA